CUGUAGUUUCGCACCUUGCAGCUUGAAUUCUUUCACUUCACCCGCCAACCUCAAAUUGCAUCCCCUUGACGAACGCAUCUACCCGAGACAGCGUGUAUCCAUCGUAUGGCGCAUUGUUUCCUGUAGAUUCCGUUUCUCUUUAUUUUGGACCGUUUUGCGCGCUCAGGGACAUCGCCACGGUCGCGUUUCGAGGCUUGCCUUGGCCACCACAACUCCAAACCGAGCCUUGCCCGAGCUUCGAUAUCGACCUUGCGCAGCCGGAGACGUCAACUUCUUCCCAUCAGCGCUUCUGAUAUCCACCAACCUCAAUCAGCGACCCCUUCGCAUCAUAGCCGGAUCAGCUAUUCGCAAACAUGUCUGUCGAGGUUGCGGCCGGCACCCCGCUUGCGGAUGCUCUUAAUGUGGCCAUCCAAGGCAAAAUUGCCGAACUAGGAUGGGCCAACCCUGGCGCCGAAGGCUCAGCUAUGUCCGAGUACUUUGUACUCAUGUUGGCUAACGGCAAGACUGAGUCUGAGAUCGCCAGCGAAAUCGCCGGAGACCUAUUGGGGCUCGGCCCCGAAGACCAGACUGCUCCUGCUUUCGCGAAAUGGCUGUUUGAGCAAGUCAAUGCCCUCAGCGCUCAACUAGGGUCCGGCGCCCCGCAACAGCAUUCCGACGCCAUGGACGGGCUAAAGGAAGAAGCGACGGAUGGUUCUCUGGACGUUAGCAUGGAUUCUACACCAGACGCCGCCACAGGGUUGAAUGCACCCACUGGACCAAAGGCGAUGCGGAACGGCAAUAUUCGUGGCGGCCGAGAGAAGCGCAUGAUGGGUCAAAUCAACCGCGCACUGGACCGGACUCAUGACUCUGUUCUUCACAGAGUCCGCAACCAGUCCGGAAACGAAAGGAUCGGGAGGGGCCCACCAGCUGGGCCGAGGAUGGGCGUAGGUAGACAGCCUCGGACCACCAACGCCCGCGCUACAAACAUUUCGGUUGGUUUGGCAGGCAUGGGCAUGGGCGGUAUGCCUGGCGUCCCCCCGGCUGCUAUGAAUGGAAUGGGCGGAGUGAGUCCCGCGAACGGCGUUGGCUAUAUCGCACCGGAUAUUCUCGCCAUGAUGGAGCAACAGAACCGCAUGUUGCAGCAGAUGCAGCAACAGCUCCUUAUGCAACAAAAUAGCAUAGCACACCAGGGUGGACAUGGUCAUGGCAAACCGCCGUUCGACCGGGGCGGGAGACAGAGCCACUUUCGGCGCGGCGGGGCUCACCAUCAGCACAAUGGUCACUCACUCCAGCAAAAACCACAACAAUCCGAAGCAGGCCAAGCCGAGGCGUUAUCGCAGGGCGAAGGGGCCGAGCAGGCGAAGCGCGAAGCACCGAAUCCGGACGAGACUGUUUGCCGGUUCAACUUGCGCUGCCAGAAUAAGGACUGCAAGUUUGCGCAUCAGUCACCGGCGGCACCGCCCGGCAUUACCAUCGACCUCAAGGACGUCUGCAGUUACGGCGUCGCUUGCAAGAAUCGAAAGUGUGUCGGCCGUCACCCGUCACCAGCCACCAAGGUGGCGCACCAGAGCGAGCAGGAUUGCAAGUUCUUCCCCAACUGCGCGAACCCUCACUGCCCGUUCCGGCAUCCCACCAUGCCCGCCUGCCGGAACGGCGGCGAAUGCAAGGUGCCAAAUUGCAAGUUUACGCACAUCAAGACGCCAUGCAAGUACCGCCCAUGCACCAACCGCAACUGCCCUUUCAUGCACGAGGAGGGCCAACGGGGCACCUUCCAUGACAAGGUGUGGACUGCAGACGAGGCGAAGGAGCACGUCAGCGAGAGGAAGUUUGUUGAUGAGAGCGCUCCCGAGGAUUUGGUUCUUCCCGGGUCAGAGGAGCAUCACUUUGAUACUGGAACAGCGGAGGUCAUGAUCUAGAUUGUAUGAGCGGGGAGGACGGCAGGGGGCAACAGGAUGGGUCGGUUCAAGGAACGAGAAAAUGGAUGACAAGAUACCCUUCAGAACUGGAGACGAAUGCCUUGUGGUACAGGAACGGAUGGUAUCUGAAGGCUGUAAGCUUUGUCCUGUAUGUAUAUUACUACCACGUUACGGCGUUCAGGAGAGGAAGGGAAUGCAUUAGGUUAGAUGCACUUGGACUGGGGAAUCUGAAGGGCGGUACCUUUCUUCUGGCCACAGCUUGUUGUUUGUCCCCUAAUCACAGCGGAUGGGGGCCCAAGUAGGGUUCAGAAGCGUCUCUGGCUAGAAUUCAGGUUACAGCCGCAUGCUCUACUUGCCGU